AUGACCACCGCUACACCAAAGAAAAACGUUGUCAUCAUUGGCGGCUCCUGCGUUGCCACCGCCGCCGCACUCGAGGCAAAGAAGUACUUGCCGUCGACACACCGUGUCAUCACCAUCGAGAAGCACUCCCAUUUCCACUACAUGUUUGCCUUCCCCCGCGCCUGUGUCAUUGACGGCUGGGAGAAUGAACUCUUUGUGCCCUACACCAAGCUCUUCGACUCUCCUGAGAAGGGCCAGGUCAUCCAAGCCCUCGCCACCAACAUCACCAAGACCCAUGUGGAGAUUGACAGACCUAUCGAAGGAUUCGGGACCAGCAUCGAGUACGAGUACCUCAUCUAUGCCACAGGUGCUCGUCACCCUGAACCCGGCAACCUGAACGACCACGACACCAAGGCAGGGGCUAUCCAGAGACUCAAGGAAAUGCAGGCCAAGAUCCAAAAGGCGACCAAGAUCUUGCUCAUUGGCGGUGGAGCGGUUGGGUUGGAAUUGGCGGUAGAGAUUCGUGAACACUUUCCUGCGAAGGAGGUGACCUUGGUCCAUUCACGUGAUCAGUAUAUGCCCUCGUACAAGACCACCAUGCACGAGAAGACGGUGGCGAUCCUGGCCGACUUUGGUGUCCGCGAGAUCCGGGGUGACAGAGUUGUUAUCCCUGAGGGUGGGUUCAAGGAUGACUUUAAGAUGAUCAAAGUCGCCACCCGCGACGGCAAAGAAAUCGAAUCUGACCUCCAGAUUCUGUGCACGGGAAUGACACCUCAGAGUGACCUGCUGAGCAAGUUGUCGCCCCAGUCGAUCAACCCCAAGAACCGUCUCGUCAUGACCAAGCCUUCUCUUCAGAUUAUUGACGAUGCCUUCCCCAACAUCUUUUCCGCCGGCGAUGUCGCCGAUCUCGAAGACGUCAAGACGGGCGGAGCGGCAUGGAGGCAAGGAAUUGUGUGCAUGAACAACAUUAUCAAGCUGAUCAAGAACCCCAGUACCCCAUCCACCGGUCUGACCCAGCAUGCGCCCAUGGCCCCUCAGAUCAUGUUGUACUUCGGUGUGGCCAAGGCAGUGGCGCAGCUCAAGUUGUUCUUUGUGUUCUGCACUUCGUGGGACUUUUUUUUGAAGCGCUUUUUUAGCUAUAAUAUCCAUGCCUCGCGUUCCUGGAGCUGGCUCGGUACUCCCCUGUCCAAAGAGACCGCUGACAAGUAA